AUGAAGGACAAACAACAACAACAACACCUUCCCUACUGGUUCCCAAGUCUACCUUUCUCUCUUCCAGGGCUCUUCAUCCUCUUGGCAACUUCUACAGCCCAGAAGCAGGGAGCUUCCUGUCCUCAAUGUCCUAAUCAUUCCUACUGCUUCAGUGGCACCUUCUGUACCUGCCAAGAUGGAUAUACUUCUGAGUCUGGAGAGAGAUUCUUCAGUGACCCCAGAGAGAGAUGUAAAGAUAUUAAUGAGUGUGAUGAUCCUGGUAUAUGUAGAAACAAUGAAGUCUGUAUCAAUCAUGAUGGAAGUUAUCAGUGUAGCUGUUACAGCCCAUAUUACAUUUUCCAUGCAUUCUUGAGUUUUUUCAAAUCCUGUCCAGGCAUGUCAACUUCUGGAGGCAGCAGUCAGUUUUCUGAAAAUGUUUGGAAUACUUUUGAUGAUAUACAAUUCAGAGAAAACAAAAGUGCCAUUACCCUUUGGGCCACCAAGGUGCUUCAAAACAUGGAAACAAUGGUAUUGGAAAGUGCAUUUGAGAAUAAAAACGGAGAACAAAAAAAAGACAAGUAUGUAGCUACUGACACACAAGUUGUUCCAAACAACAACUGCUCUGGGAGGAAUAGUAUCUUCACUCUGAAGGCUGGAGAAGAUGCAAUGGAUAUCCGUUGUGCUGAAGUUAUCAGAGGAAGCACCAAAGGUCAAAGUGCUGUGGCUUUUCUCUCUUAUACUUUCCUGGGGAACAUCAUCAAUGGGUCUUUCUUUGAGGAGGAAAGAUAUUUGCAGAAGGCAAGCAAUAUUUCCUUGAACUCCAGGGUAGUGAGUGGUACCAUUGGACAAAGACAAAACAGCAUCCUGACCAGCUCUGCUAUUCUGACCUUUCAGCAUCUUCAGGAAAGUUAUAGCCAAGGCCAGCAGCAUCUCUGUGUCUACUGGAAAAGCACCAAAGAGGGAGCCAGCUGGUCCACAGAAGGCUGUUUCCUGUUGAAAACCAAUGCCACUCAUACCAGCUGCCGCUGCACCCACCUGUCUACCUUUGCAGUUCUGAUGGCUCUCACAGGCCAGGUAGAAGAUUGUGUGCUGACAGUGAUCACUUAUGUGGGGCUCGGCCUCUCCCUGCUGUGCCUCUUUCUGGCUGCCCUCACCUUCCUCCUGUGCCACACCAUUCAGAACACCAGCACCUCCCUCCACCUGCAGCUCUCCCUGUGCCUCUUCCUGGCUGACCUCCUCUUCCUCAUUGGCAUAAACCAAACAGCAGAUAAGGUCCUGUGUUCCAUCAUUGCUGGAGGAUUGCACUACCUCUAUCUGGCUGCCUUCACCUGGAUGUUCUUGGAGGGGCUGCACCUUUUUCUCACUGUCAGGAACCUCAAGGUUGCCAAUUACACUAGUGCAAGCCGGUUCAAGAAGAGAUUCAUGUACCCUUUUGGCUAUGGGAUCCCAGCUGUGAUUGUGGCUGUGUCAGCUGGGAUUGACCCCCAUGGCUAUGGGACAGAUAAUCACUGCUGGCUCAACUUACACAAGGGGUUUAUCUGGAGUUUUGUUGCACCAGUGAUUGCCAUUAUUUUGCUCAACUUACUUUUUUAUUUGAUGACCCUGUGGAUUUUGAGAGAAAAACUCUCCUCCCUCAACAAAGAGGUGUCUACUAUCCAAAACACAAGGACUCUGACCUUUAAAGCUGUUGCUCAGUUCUUCAUCCUGGGCUGCUCCUGGAGUCUCAGCUUUUUCCUGACUGAAUCUAUAGCUGAGCCAGCCCAAUCAGUCAUUGCCUACAUCUUCACCAUCACCAAUUCCCUGCAGGGUGUAUACAUCUUCCUGGUUCACUGCAUCCUCAAUCGCCAGGUACAGGAAGAAUACCGGAAGUGGUUUAAGGGGAUCCAGAAAAUACAGACAGAUAGUAGUGUUAUACUAUCUCUUCCUACUACUCAGAGCAAGGCGAUUGAAGAACUGGAAAAAACUCCAGAAUUUGCUAAGAGGAGAAAAAGCACCUAA